AUGAUUCUUAAUUGCUGCAGCAACCUCAUGAGAGUUUAUGGCCAGAGUGUAGCUAAUAAACUCGUACCACCAGAUAUUGUCAGCGAUGAUACAUCAGGUGAUGUGUCGGUUCAGGAGUUGGAAAACGCUACUUUGACCUGCAAGGCUACUGGCCACCCGCCUCCAAAAAUCACCUGGAGACGAGAGGAUCACGAGCCGAUACUGUUAAAGAAACCGUCAUCCAGGGAUUUCGAUAAAGUUGAAAGUUUCGUGGGUAGUUCGAUGCCGUUGUGGCGUGUUGACAGACGUCAGAUGGGUGCGUUCCUUUGCAUCGCCUCUAAUGACGUCCCACCAGCAGUCAGCAAAAGGAUCACACUCAACGUUAAUUUCGCCCCUACAGUGAAAGUGCCAAAUCAAUUGCUGGGCGCCCCUCUCGGGACCGACGUGAAACUCAAGUGCUACGUGGAAGCCUACCCUAAUACCAUUAAUUAUUGGAUUAAGAACAGGGGAGAGAUGCUACUUGAUGGGCCAAAGUACACAAUCCGUGAAGAGAAGACGUCGUACAAAGUGUCUAUGUGGCUGACUAUUAGACAGUUCUCCAAGAGUGACAUCGGGACUUACAACUGCGUUAGCACCAACUCGUUAGGGAAGAGCGAAGGAACUUUAAGGCUUUAUGAAAUUAAAUUGAACUCAUACUCAGAAGAUUUCAGCAAUCAAAUUAGCGUCGCUGGAGGUAAGUAUUCGGGCGCUUUUUGUGAUAUAAUGUCAAACUUUACUGCUGCUAACUUUGUUCAAAAAUUAAUUUUAAAAGAUAUUAGUGUGACAAUCAGUCUAUGA